GGGACGGAGGUAGAAGUAGAAAAACGUUACCCAGCCAUCAGCCCAUCACAUUCGCCACCAUCGAGACAACCCGCUCGGCCACAGCGACCGGCCUAGCCGACGGCCGGGCCGCCGCCGACGCACCGCGCGCUUGGGACCGAGACCGAGAGACUCCGAGAGGGAGGGAGGGGAACUAGCCUGCCCGGCGCGGGGCCGGCCGCGGCCCUCGGCCGUCCCAUGGGGGGAAGCCUGGUGUCCAUGCUCCGGUGGCCACCGGACCUGGGCCUGCCCAGCCUGGCGGCGCCGCUCCCCUCGCCGCCCGCGCACCUCCGGCUCCGGGUACAGGAGUGGUGGCAGUGGUCGAGCCCCGAGCAGCUGAGCGCGGCGGCGGCGCGGCGGUGGCCCGAGAUGGUGCGGGACGUGCCGCUGCUGGUGGACGCCGCGCUCUGGGGCGUCGUCACGGCCGUCGAGUCCGUCGCGCUCGUCUCCAUGAUGUGCUGCUUCUUCCUCUGCUGCGGCUGCACGCUCUGAGGCGCGGGGCUCCGACGAGCUCCGCGCUGCCGGCAGUACGAACGAUUCCCCCGCGCGAUUUCUUCGUUUUGCCGAGUGUGAUUGUGGUGAAUUAGCUGCGUCCGUCGGGUAUGAAUGAAUUAGCUGUGUUACUGCCAUGGUAAUGAUAAUUAGGAUGUGCCUUUUGUGAUUGGAUUUUGAGUGUCGGUUGUGCUGCGCCAUUUGCCCAUUUGGGGAUCCCUGACAACGAGCAGAAAUGCGCGCUGCUGUAGCAAGAACUAGUGGGGGAGAUGUAGUUGCGUGGUGGGAGCGGAGGCGACUUUAUUUGCGGCAAAAUAUCUCAGUUUCUUCUGAA